AACACAGUGAGAGAUCGAAAGUCCAGGACAGACAGAGCCCAGCAUCAUCGAACUCAUAGCCAGCAACUCGUGUCCCUUUCCCUUUACCGACAGGACAGAACAUAUUCUAUAUCAACAAUGAGCGCGGUUACUAAGGAAAUUGGCGGUGCCAAGAACGGCGGCAAGCGUGUCAUACCAGCCAACAAGGCCUCGAAAUGGUACCCUGCUGAGGAUAUCCCCACCCCCAAGAAGGUCCGUAAGGCCGCUCGUCCUACCGUCCUCCGUCCUUCGCUCGUGCCGGGUGCUGUUCUCAUCAUCCUGGCUGGCCGAUUCCGGGGAAAGCGUGUUGUUUUGUUGAAGUCCCUCGAGGACGGAACUCUUCUCGUCACUGGUCCCUUCAAGGUCAACGGUGUUCCUCUGCGGAGAGUCAACGCCCGCUACGUUAUCGCCACAUCGACUCUUGUCUCUGUUGAGUCUGUCGAUGUGUCCAAGUUCACCUCUGCCUACUUUGCCCACGAGAAGAAGGCCAAGAAGGAGGGUGAGGCCGAGUUCUUCGGUGAUGAGGAGAAGAAGGAGAAGAAGACUGUUGUCAGCGAGACCCGCAUUGCUGACCAGAAGGCUGUUGACUCUGCCUUGUUGGCCGAGAUCAAGAAGGUCCCUGCUUUGAAGGCGUACCUUGCCAGCAGCUUCAGCCUGAAGAAGGGUGACAAGCCCCACCUCAUGAAGUUCUAAGUGCAGCAAGGACAUGGAGCGGUACCGGAUGAAAUUAAAAUAGAAAAGGACUCAUUUGGAUUAUUGUCGACAUGCUCUGGCUGAAGGAGGAAUGGAAUUAGGGAACUUGGCUGGCUGGCUGUAGCCGGUCAAGUAAAAUAAAAAAGAAACCCAUAGUUGUUCUCAUAAUCAAAAAAAAUUUAUAACGAAGGGCUUUUGUUUGCAGGAGUAUCAUAUUAAAAGGGUAUCGAAUGUUUGUCACAUCUAGUUACUUUUUUUUGUACAAAUAAAUCUUUAAUGCAACUUGAAGCUAUAUGAGAGAU